AAGGCGGUCUUCUUUUCUUGAGGCUUGUGGUGAUUGAUCUUUAAAUGCAAACAAGACAAUGAGAAAAGAAGUACAAAUCUUGAGGUGAUGCAUGAUCUUUAAUGCAUUCAAAUCUUGAGUUGAUAAUGUUCUCACGGGUUCUUUUGCUUCUUCCGAACUGAUUUUUAUUCUUCUUUGAAUUGCCCCUGGAAGUAUAUGGGAUCAAGCACUGUUAUUGUUAGUAUCUUGAUGGAGUAACUUGUGAAGCAGCUGGUUUUAUUUUCUAGGUUUAGUUGUAAUGAUGGAUAAAGCUUGGUGUGAUUGUGUUACAGGUGCCAGAUGCCUCUGGCAGGCAGAAAACAUUGAUGAUUUUGCUGAAGACCAGGCAGAGUAUGGGGAGUAUAUGUAAUUUAACUCUUCUUGAUAAAAAAUGACCUUCUUUAGGUGUUUUGGAUGCCUCUGCAUGCAAAGUUACUGGCUUUAGUUUGUAGAAUAAUAAUUCAGAUAUAUUUUGUACAUGGCCCACUUACAUAUAUCAAAACAUAAGUUUCUAGGCUACAGCGAUCACAAUCACCUCUUGCAUACGACCUUUGUGUUCCAUCUCUUUGAUCCUGAUUACCUCUAAAGCAUUAGAUCUUGCUUUCAGUUACUUUGCUUUUAUGUAGAUCCUUAAAAAGCAUCAAAUUUUUUAUGUAGACAAUCUUUUGUUCGUCUCGAAUGGCUCAUGAUAUCUUCUUACAAGUGCCAGUCAAGAUUUGAGCUAGAGGAAACACUAUACAUCUAGGGUUCAAUAUUUGGGAAUUUGGAGUCUUAUUAAAUGAGAAAGCACCCUCGGAAAUAGUAGGUGAUAUCAUCACGAAAGUUUCCUCACAAACUGUCUACAAUGGUUUUUUCCCAUUAAGAUAAUUGUCGUCUAUAUUCUAUCAUAGAGAUACUUAACAAAAACCAUAAUCAUCUCUGUAUGAUGUUGCUAUUAACAAUGAGGUUGUGGAAGCAUCUUCUGGACAAACCGCUACUAUCCUUUCAAUGGCACAAUAUUUUGUCCUCCAGAUAACACACCCUAAUAUAAAUCUUAUUUAUCUCUGUUGCUUCAUAGUUGCCAAGGUUUCUCACCUUAGGAUUUGGGACAAUGUGAAAAUCUAGACAUCUAGAAAAUCAAUUAAAUGAAUUUCCUCAUCAAACCUUGAAUCCAGAUUUUAACUCAUCUCCUUUCAAUGCUGUAUGAGUUAAAUUAAACACAAAGGAGGUGGAGGAUAAAUUCCAUAGAAAAUUUAUUACUUCCUCGCCCUAUGGUAUUUGCCUAAAUCCUGCCCUUACUAAAAUUUGUCCUUCGCUUGCCUCCAUGACUUGCUCCAGCAAUGAUAGUGUUCUUACCACUUCUAUUCUUUGGAUUCUUUGGACCCUUUUCUUGUUUUCCUUUGUAGGCACUCUCUCCUCAUAAUUAACAAGACUUGUCUUCCUUGAUCUCCCCUUCUUUUUGUCUUUUCCAAUACCUUUGUCCUAUUUUCUAUGUGCGGUUGGGGGGCAAGUCUAUUCUGGGAGAAGCAAAUGGGAGCAUAUGAAGGCACUAGUAAACUGGGAGCCACAAGUAAAGCUGUUUCCAAGGAACUGGAACGAAUAGAUCACCUGUUUCAAGCAUAUGCCGAUGGCUCUUCGGGCAUGAUUGACCCUGAGGGGAUUGAGUCUUUCUGUUCUGACGUGGAAGUUGAUCAUACUGAUGUCAGGAUACUUAUGCUUGCCUGGAAAAUGAAAGCAGAAAAACAAGGAUAUUUUACUCUGGAAGAAUGGCGAAGGGGCCUAAAGGCACUACGUGCUGAUAAUAUCAGCAAAAUAAAGAAGGCACUGCCAGAAUUGGCGAAAGAGGUGACAAGGCCAUCAAAUUUCUCAGACUUCUAUUCUUAUGCAUUUCGUUAUUGCCUGACAGAGGACAAGCAAAAGUGUAUAGACAUUGAGAGCGCCUGUGAACUGCUGGAUCUUGUAUUAGGUUUCCAAUUUCGUCCCCAGGUUGACAAACUUACUGAGUAUCUGAAGUAUCAACAUGACUACAAGGUGAUCAACUUGGAUCAGUGGAUGAGCUUUCUCCGAUUUUGUAAUGAGAUAAACUUCCCAUCCCUAGACAAUUAUGAUUCAGACCUUGCUUGGCCCUUAAUUUUGGACAAUUUUGUGGAAUGGAUGCAUGGAGGGCAAAGUUAGUUUUCUGUUGUAAGGUGGUGCAGAUGUUGCUGCCUUCAACGGAGGUGCUUCAUGAAGAAGGUCUUUGGAUAGACUCUUAAACAAACAUUUACUGGUUGGCUACGGGUCCCUCAUGUUGAAGGGUAGAAAUCAUCAUUAUUUUCUCUCUCUGUAAAAGCUUGGAAACCCUUGUAAUGUUUUACUCCUGCAGCUUUGGUGUUUUUAUUUUAUUGGCUUCCCUCAGAUAUUGGACUAACAAGCAGAUUUUUUUUUCUUAAUCUGGAAUAAGAAUGCCAACGUACUUUUAUCUGGAGAGGAUAUUAUCAUCGAUCAAAUUGUGACAACUAAAAUGAGCAAAUGAAGAGAUUUACAUAUUUACAGUCA